AUGCUUCCCCUCCCCGCGUCGGCUUGGUCUCUCGGCCCGCUUCCUUCCCGAGCACGCACGCCCCCUCUUCCUCGUCCGCUCCGCUCCGCUCCUGGGUUGCCGUGGAGCGCGGGGGGUUCCAUUCCACCCCACCCCUAUCCGAACCCCCGCGCCGCCGGCGCGUCGGUUCCUUCGUCUCCCGGGCUCAAGAUGAUUGGUUCAUUCAUUACCGGAGUGCUAACGCUUGUUCUCGGAUACGCGUACCCAGCCUACGACUGCUACAAGACGGUGGAGCUGAACAGGCCUGAGGUCGAGCAGCUGCGGUUCUGGUGUCAGUACUGGAUUUUACUCGCGUUUCUCACCGUACUGGAGAGAGUUGGGGAAAGUUUCGUGUCAUGGUUGCCAAUGUACAGUGAAGCAAAGCUGGCAUUUAUCGUGUACUUGUGGUAUCCAAAGACACGGGGGACUGCCUAUGUAUAUGAGUCAUUCUUCAAGCCAUACAUUGCAAAACAUGAAACUGAGAUUGAUCGAAAUCUGCUUGAGUUGAGGACAAGAGCUGGUGACAUGGCAGUUCUUUACUUCCAGAGGGUUGUAAACUAUGCUCAGACAAGGUCCGAUGAAAUUUUGCAGUAUAUUGCCUCACAGUCACAGACUCAAAGAUCUCGCCCUCAGGCACAGCAACAGCAGCAGCGCCCACCACCGCCACGGACUCGGCAAGUGAACCCUGCACCUCCACCUGUUCCCGCACCAUCCGCGCCUCCGAUGCCACCACAGCCUGCCCAAGCUCAAGUUCCUCCCACUCCACCAAGGCCCCCAGUUCCAGUGGCCCCUCCUGGUGCAGUGCCUCCUGCCCAGCCACAGCCAGCACCUGCUCCUGAAGCCGCUGCUACCAAAGGUCCUCAGGACACUGAAGCCAUGCAAGUCGACCCACCCCGUCCGUCAGUGAGCGGCGCACCGCCACCACUACCACCUGUGGAGACGCUCAUCGAGGAGGCGAUCCAGCUGACGCGGGGCCGGCUCAGGAGGCGCUUGGCUGGAGGAUCUGGACUACCGCCGAAUUAG